AUGCCUAACAUCGUGCUCUUUAGCGGGAGCUCCCACCACGACCUGUCCCAGAAAGUGGCCAAUUGGCUGGGAAUGGAGCUGGGCAAAGUCAUCACCAAGAAGUUCAGCAACCAGGAGACCUGCGUGGAGAUCGGCGAGAGCGUGCGAGGCGAGGACGUCUACAUCGUGCAGAGCGGCUGCGGCGAAAUCAACGACAACCUGAUGGAGCUGCUGAUCAUGAUCAACGCCUGCAAGAUCGCCUCCUCGGCCCGCGUCACCGCCGUCAUCCCCUGCUUCCCCUACGCCCGGCAGGACAAGAAGGACAGGAGUCGAGCACCCAUAGCUGCCAAGCUGGUGGCAAACAUGUUGUCUGUGGCCGGCGCCGACCACAUCAUCACCAUGGACCUCCACGCCUCACAGAUCCAGGGUUUCUUCGACAUCGGCGUUGACAACCUGUACGCAGAGCCCGCUGUUCUGCAGUGGAUCAGAGGAAACGUCCCCGAGUGGAAGAACUGUGUCAUCGUGUCUCCAGACGCCGGAGGAGCCAAACGCGUGACGUCCAUCGCCGACCAGCUGAACGUGGACUUCGCCCUCAUCCACAAAGAGAGGAAGAAGGCCAACGAGGUGGACCGCAUGGUGCUGGUGGGCAUCGUCAAGGAUCGCGUGGCCAUCCUCGUGGACGACAUGGCCGACACCUGCGGCACCAUCUGCCACGCCGCCGAAAAGCUAAUUGAUGCCGGAGCGGUUAAGGUCUACGCCAUCCUCACACACGGCAUUUUCUCGGGUCCGGCGAUCUCUCGCAUUAACAACGCCCCGUUCGAGGCGGUGGUGUUGACCAACACCAUCCCGCAGGAAGAGAAGAUGAGGGCCUGCCCGAAAAUACAAGUCAUCGACAUCUCCCUGAUCCUGGCGGAGGCGAUCAGAAGAACCCACAACGGCGAGUCCGUGUCCUACCUCUUCAGCCACGUACCCUUGUAGAGACCGAG